GACCUUCUUGUGCGCGGCGAACUAGAUCAUUUAGGCACGCCCCUUAAGUCUCCAGCCUAAUAGUCUCGGGUAAAUAUUUCACAGGGAUGGUUGGUGGAUAUGUAGUCCUUCGCGAAAAGUCAGAAAAGACUAUCAGAUACAGGACUCCCAGAGGUAAAGAGGUUUGUUUGACAAGAGAAGUCUAUCUUCGGGACGACAUACCAUGUAGAAGUUUGUCAUGCUCUCAGGCCGAGUGCCAUCAAGGUGGACAUUGCUUACCAAAAGACUUGAAAACCUAUAUUUUAAUCGAUGGAUUUUAUGCUCUGAACUACUGGGAACUAUUUGAGCUUGAAGACAUAAAGGGUGUUAUUAUUUCACUGUCGUCAGUGAAUUUCGUUCAGCAACAGGCUUCGACGAAACGCCCAUACAAAAGAAUUCGCUCAAGCCUUGAAGAUGCCAGCCAAACAUGCAUUUUAUUCGAUAAUGAGUUUAGUCGUUCCUGUUUUCGUCCUCCUUUUGCAGACGAGAGCCUUAGAGAUUACACUACGAGGUUAGAGUAAUUUUUGUUAAACUUUUUGACAGGAUGAAUUGGGUUGCUGCUAACUGGUACAUACAUCACUUGAAAGGUCACGUUUCACUAGUUUUCGUAACAGAUAACGAAAGUCGUGUCCACACUUAUUCAUCUGAAAUAAACACCGCAUCGUGCAAAUUAACUGUCUUGGAUUUACCAGGUUUUUUACAAAUGUACUACCCCACGCUCACAACUGCCAAACUUUUAUUUGAUUCUUUGGAUGUAUCACUUCGUUCUAUCCAAUCCAAAGGCCACAAUUUACCAGAGCUCUCAAAAUCAGAAAAUCCUUUAGAGUCUUUGGACUCGUGCAUCAUGCCUUCAGCGCCUUCUGUUGGUCACGUAUAUCCAGAAUAUUUACCUGAAUCGGCUUUAGCUGCCGGUUUACGGUCUGGACAGUUUUUGAAGGGCAUUCUUCACGUGUCACGUUUUCGACCGACUACUGAGGCCAUGGUAGCCUUAACAGACGCUAGUGCAGUAAAGCACCAACCAGAACUUAAGGAAGCGUUGGCUGCACGGAGUGAGAUUAUGAUUCACGGGCUACAACAUCGUAAUCGUGCUGUUGAUGGAGAUGUAGUUGUAGUACGUCUUUUACCCCGUGUUCAUUGGAAAACUGUCUCAUCCGAUAUCAGUGCUCAAGAAAACUGUGCAGCUGAGUUUGUAAGUGAUUUAUCAAGUAUGUCCGGAAUUAAACCCAAUCAGGAUUGUUUUAAGUCAGAAACAUUAUCAAGAAGUCUACCUUGUGGCUUUGUUGUUGGUGUUGUCAGUCGUAAUUGGCGUGAUUAUGUCUGUACAUAUGUUCCUAAAUCUACUGAAAAUGCAUUAGAUCCAAAAAGUGAAAGUGGAUGGAUAAUAGUUACUCCAUGGGAUCGUCGUAUUCCUCUUAUUCGACUGCAUACUACACAAAUUUCCAAGUUAACUCGUGAACGUUUUAUUGUACGAAUCGAUACGUGGGACUCCUAUUCAGCUUACCCAAGUGGUCAUUUUGUUCAAACUCUAGGUUGCAUUGGCGAUUUGGAAACGGAAACACAAACCAUACUAAUUGAACAUAAUUUAAUUAUUCGAAAUUUUACUGAUGCGCAGCUGAAUGAAUUAGCACCACUAAGUGUUCAACGCCCGUGGAAAGUUGAUCCGGAAGAAGUAAAGAAACGUCGAGAUCUUCGAUCGCCCACUAUUUCAGGAAAUCCAGACUCUGAAGAUAUACUUAUCUUCAGUAUCGAUCCUCCUGGAUGUCAAGAUGUAGAUGAUGCUUUGUCCGUUCAACGGUUACCACCUAUCGUUGAUGAAUAUGGAAAAGAACAUAAACGUUUGCAACUGGGUGUACACAUAGCUGAUGUUAGUUAUUUUGUUCCAUCUGGUAGUUAUAUUGAUAGUGAAGCUCGAAGACGUUCAACUAGUAUUUACUUAGCUGAUCGUCGGUAUGACAUGUUACCAGGUUUGUUAAGCGGAGACGUAUGUUCUCUAUGGAGCGGGCGUGAUCGCUAUGCUGUUAGCGUAUUGUGGGAAAUAGAUAUGGAUUCAUUCGAUAUCUCAAAUAUAUGGUAUGGUCGUACGGUAAUCCAUUCAAGCUAUAAGUUAACCUAUGAACUUGCUCAACGCAUAUAUGACUCAGUCACUGCAGAAAACAUUUUAUCGAAUAGCUUUGCAAUGGAAGAGCUUAUUAAGAAGUCAGGUGGAUUGGAAGCUGUUAAAAAUGAUAUACCUGAAUUAAGAGAUUUAAACCAGGAUGAAUGUUUAACUGCUUUGGAAAAGCUUAGUAAAUCUAUUUUACUAUUGGUUGAUAUUGCUUCUAAUAUUCGUGAACGUCGACUUGCUAAAGGAGGUUUAGAACUUGAAAGUGUAGAAGUUAGUGUUCAAUUUGCUAAUCCUGAAACACGUACUGGAAAACUAGAGGAUUUGAUUCCAAAAGAGCCCCUUGAAAUGCACAAUACAGUAGCGGAGUUAAUGAUAUUUGCAAACCACUGGGUUGCACGUCGAUGUGUAGAAUAUUAUCCUGAUCGCGCUUGUCUACGUCGACAUCCACCUCCGCGUCCGGAAUAUUUCGAUGAACUUAAACGCUGUAUAGCUUGUCGAGGUUUUGUUUUAGACACAAAUUCCAAUCUUUCACUAGCGAAUUCCUUAAAAAAUGCAUCAGAUCCUAAUGAUCCCGAGGUUAACAAGGUGGUACUUCAACUUGUUACACGUGCAAUGACAAAUGCACUGUAUUUCUCAACUGGUUCAUCAAAUAUGACACAAGAUCAGUUUUCCCAUUAUGGUUUAGCCCUAAAUUUGUAUACACAUUUCACAUCGCCUAUACGACGUUACGCUGAUAUAAUUGUUCAUCGUCUUCUGCUUGCUUCAUUAGGAGACUACAGGUCACUGACAACAACACAAAGUGAACUCAACUCAAAAAAUACUGAAUUAGUCACAAUUUUAGAAAAUAAAACCGAUGGGUUAUUCUCUUCAGAAGAAUUAGCUUCUAUUUGCAAUCAUAUGAACGAACAACACUGGGCUGCUCAACAAGUUCAACGAUCCAGUUUAGAAUUAUUUCAAGCUUUGUUCUUUAAAGAUAAACCAGUUGAUGAUCCAUCUCGAUAUACAGAAGGAAUCAUUUGUCAGUUAAGAGGCACAAAUGGAUUUAUCGCCUUUGUUCCCCGAUACGGUAUUAGAGGUGCAGUCUGCAUAAAAAACGCGAAUGGUCACAUAGCAUGGGUCGAUUAUACAACAUCCGAUACUGGUAGCAUUCAUUGGUUACAAGAUGUCCAAAACAUAGUGAUUGAACGUGUUCAUUCAUCCGAACAAUCAGAUUGUGGGGUUUUGGAAAUCCGCAACUCCAAAACUAAUGAAUGUCAACAGUAUCGUAUGUUCGAUCAUGUCUUAUUAAAAAUUUAUGUCAGUGAGACUAUUGCUCAUGGAUUAAAUAUACGACUGGAACUUGUAGGUCUUCCUAAAACAGCAAAUGAUUCUAAAGGUAAACUAGUAACGGCUUAUAAAACAACAGAAAAUAAUUCAGUCUGUACACCGAGCUUGAAUACAAAUUUGAUAAAGGAUGUACAAGAUACAGAUGCUGAAAGACGUCAAAAACGCGAAGUGAGUGAUGAGGAACAUGUUGAUGUUUCAAAACGCAAGCAGUUGAUUGCACAAUUACAUGAUUGUUCUUCAGUAUAUCACCGAUUUCAUAAACUUCUACGUCAGUCUAAUGAAGAUGAGAUGGAAACUAACUGAUUUCUAAAUUUCUUGUCAUACUUCAACUUCAUUUUGAUUAAAAAUUACUAUUUUCUGUAAAGUGGGGAACAAUUUCAUUGUAAAAAGUCACAUGAAAUUAGUGUACUAUAUGACUUGUUUAGUU